AUGGCUGCGCCGGUUAGCAGCCGUGUGCGCAAGCGUAACCGUCAAGGGGUGGGUACUCGCCCUGAGGGCGCCGUGCUUAGCAAUGCUGACCUGACCAAGGCUUUUCUGCAGCAAGAGAAUGAACUGCGGGCUCUCCAUCACUCGUUGACCUUAGCCCUGAAGUUUGUUCCUGACGCUCCAGUGGCGUCUCAGUUGAUGGAGGCUGUGAAAACUUGGCAGACUGCUCACCAGAAGGGUCGACCGCACCCGUUUGGGGCGUGCGGCACAGCGACAGCUACAGUGCUGUUUCAGUUUCUCCUGAAGAAUUUGAACGAGGACCAGAGCUCGCACGUGGCAUGGUGUUUGUUGAAAGACCUCAUGGAGCACUGCGCCCCAGCCAACGUGGCCGGAGAGGUGGCGCACUGCAGCGCCAGACUUUCCAAGCAGGAAACUCACGUGAUUCUUGAACUUCGCUUCCAUGCCUCGUCCAUCUUCGCUCCACAUGCCUCGUGGUUCAAGUCCUUAUUGCUUCAGCAGAAAGGUGAGGUUUUGGGCGCCAAGCCCAUGAGUGGCCUGGCCCGUAAGGAUGACCGCUACGGCCUCCUCGCGGCCUUCUCCGGGGCAACCGACUACGACUACAU